AUGGAUUUCCUCUGGCUGAACGAUCUUUCUACAGAGUUCGAAGGAUUUGGAAUUGCGCCAACCAAGUCCGAGAUUGUUGCAAUGCGUUCAUCAGUAUCAUUACUUUGCGAAAGAUCUUAUCAUGAUUUAGUUCAUUUCUGGGGUAAAAUUAAAGGAACAGAAAGAAAUUAUUUAAUUGUUGUAUGUUAUACAGGAGGUCUUCUUGGAACUCGUACGCCAUACGCUUCAUUAGAUGGUGUUUCUUGGUUUGGACUUCCAACUGUCACUCAAACACUCAUUUCUCAUGUUGCAAACAUUCGCGAACCUAUUAAAGGCCAACCUCUUUCUAAGAUUACCGUUCGUCAUCCAAGAAAUACAGAACCUUUCAAAGAAUUAAAUCCACUACUUCCACCAAAACCAGUCAAAGAAGGCGAAGAAGAGGAAGAAAAGGCUGAGGAGGAAGAAGAACAAAAAGAAGAGGAACCAGAAAACGAAGAAGAACCAGAACCAGAGGAGGAAGAAGAAGCUCCAGAAUACGUUGAGUUUCAAAUUCACGAAGAUCAGCGUCUAGCUGUUCUUGUGCACAUAAUUGACAAGCAUGGAUUCAUAUUCCCACAAGAUUCUCUUCUUUGGAAGUCUACAUUCGAACUUAAACCGAACCCACUCUUCAAAGGUAUUCCACACGAUGCAAAAUUAGAAAAUUUCUUCAGAUUUAAUAAGGAUGUUAUGUCAGAUACACAGCGUCCCAAUGCAAUUGUUGACGCGAUGCCUCCUUUAACAGGAGAGCUUCCACCUAAUGGAUGGAUUGUCUCUACAACUACACACUCUAACGUGGUUAAAGUUAAUUCACGUGUAUGGCCUGGCUUAGUUUUUAUCUGCAAAGGUAAUAAAUGGGGUACAGUCUAUUUUGGCAAUGGUAAGCCAAAUACAGAUUACUUAUUUGCGGUUGAAGGACUUGAAAAGAAAGAAGAAGUCAAGUCUUCAAGAAUAGUGUACAAUUAA